CGAUCGCUUCCUCUUUGAUUAUUCAAGGUUCGAAAUUCUCUACCGUCUCCUUAGAUUCCUCUUUCCCUUUCCCCCUUUCUCCUUUCCCUUUACGGUUGCUGUUGAAUGGCGGCUGGUUCUGUUUUCCCCUGUUCUGGGCUUGUUGUUUUCCAGAAUCUCUGUCAAUUCCUUGGAAAUAUUCUGUCUUCUCUGGGGUUUCAUGGGUUUUGAGCUGCUCCGUGGAGAUUGAGGGAAAGGGGAAAUGAUGUGUUGAAAUGGGAAAGAUAUGAAUUGAAAAGGGUUCUCCUCAUUUUUGUUAUUUUGAUUUUGCUCGAGCUAUGCAAUUUCGAUCGAGUUUCAUUUUUGCGCGUUCUUCAAUUUUUAAGUCAAUGGCUGCUUGUGGUGGUGGCGUGUGGAAUUUUCUAUUUUCUUUUCUGUUCGAUUAUCCAUUUGCAUCUUUUUCUUCUUCUGGGUUUUGAUCAUUUAGUGAUCGAUAGCUAUACCAAUAUCUAAAUGAAUUGUUAUCAUUAUGAGUUUCCAUAUUCAGUUAAAAUUUCAUUUUCUUUAACUGUUGCAGGAGGAGGUGAUAACCAAACAUUGCUGCAAAUCUCCCCUCAACUCCUUGCAAUUGAAGUUUGAUUGACCAUGUGUCCUCCUUCACUAAACCCUAAUGCUGAAAUCGGCUUCGAUUGUACUCCAGAGGAGAUUUGCAGCUCUCUUCACAAAAUGAUGAAAGGGUCUCCUCUCCCCAGCAACGUUGUCGACGACAUUUGCCCCUACAUCUACACCCCAUCGAAUCUGCCAGCUGACAUAUGGUAUUUGAUCGAGAAAUCGAUGGAUAAGGACAAGGAAACAGAAACUGGGCUCUGGAAAGUGAAGGGGGAGGCAUUGAAGCUCUUCACAAAUGCUGCAAUUACUGGGUGGAGAAGCACAUUGGAAUACUAUGAAGGCCAAAGCCCGAGUGUUCUCAAGACUGAUUGGUUGAUGCAGCAAUAUUGGGUUACCGAAACCAAUCUGGAUGGAAGCAGCAAGCAAGCAAAGGAAUCCAGCAGCCUAUGCCGAGUCUUCAUUGAACAAGAACAUAUAAGUCAUAAGAGGGAGGAAUUGGAUGCCCAGAGGCUUUUAGUUGCUGCUUCCAGUACUAAUAGCAGUGGAUCCACAAGCAAGGCUGAGGUUGAUAGGGCUGCUGUCGCAGAUCAAUUGGCUGAUGAUUUGGAGACUGAUGCUGAUUGUUAUGCUCGAGGAGACUACUUGGAAAUGCUGGAUCUGGAUAUUCCAUUGUUCAGUUCUUCAAGUACAGACAAUUCAAGUUGCAUGUCAUUAUCAUCGGAUGAGUAUUUCGAUUCGUUGGCUUUGCUUCGAGAGAUAGAAUCUGAAAGCAUCCAGGAAUCCCUGCAAAAGAACGUGGCCGCCUCCUGCAAGCCAGAUGAGAUGAUACUUGGUCCAGCUUCUCCAGGAUCAAUUGUCAACAUUCAUCAGAGCCAGCAAACAUGUGAACAGUCCGAGAGCAAGCCAACCUGUGAGCUAUCCGCACAGGUUGCUGGCCCAUCUGGAUCGAAUGAUGAGGUUAACAAGCGUCGAUCUAGAAAGCACAAAUUGGCUUACAAGGACAAGGGUUCAUCAUCAGAUUCUUCUCACGGAGGCCAUUCCUCAUCUGGAGGUGAUGGUGGGGAGAAGAAGGCUUCUUCUUCCAAGGGCAGAACGAAGAAGAAGCGUAAGAACAAGUAUUUCUGCUUCAUGCCAUUCAACUUCAUGUUCUGACCUUUGCAGUGUUUAGUAUUUUUGACAGAAGAAUAUCUUUUGAUCUGUGAGAUAGAAGUGUAUAAUGUAUAGAUAGAAAUAGCGACGAAAGGACGGAUCUUUUGAUUGACCGAUCCUUGACAGAAUAGCAGAGUCAGGCAGAUAUAAUGGAGGGAAAGAAGGAACGAUGAUAUGACAUGGGGAUCGGGUGUAUAUGUUUGUGAAUCACUUUUGGUGAUGUUUUUGUUCUUUGAUGCUGUAGUGAUGGAUACAUCCUCAGCAAAUCACUUGUUGACGUUAUUGUGUAACACUAUUAAGUUCCUUGUAUCAUAGAUUCAUAGUGCAUACUCAUUUCGCUUUAAUUGCUUUUCCAAGUACGUGUAAAUUUUGACAAGAGACUAUAUUUAUCAAACUGAUUCAUCA